AUGAAGCUUUCCGUCGCCUUCACGUUUGUUGCUGUUACCGUCACGUCAUCUUGUGCUACUGCCUCUGUUGACGAUAAUCACCACGAAAGCACCAUCGUUCUUCGUCACAAUGCUUUGCCGUGUAAUGAUGCACUAUGCAAUGAUGACAACGCUCCUGUGUGCGGUUUUGACAACAAAACUUACCCCAACGCGUGCAUCUUUCAGGCGACUAACUGUCGUACUAAUGUCACGAUAGCUCAUUUGGGGCCUUGUCGUGACAAGUUUGUGGAUAACCAGCCGGUACACUCGUCAGCAUCAGCCACUUCAUUGAACGAGAAAACGCCUUUGAUUCGCGACCGCACUCAUUCAGCUAACGAAGAACGGGCUAUGUCUGAGAUUGCAGAGCACAUAGCUGAGAAUGGCAUCAAACCGUUCGACCGUUCCUUAGUGGAUAAAGUGAAAGGAUUUGAUCAAUGGGCUAUUACUAGUGAUUUUCUAUUGAAUAAUGGGGUUCAUCCCUCUACCUAUCUCCAGGUAAUUUAUGACAAAUAUGUCACCAUAGAUGCGAAGAUCCUUGGAAUUCUCAAGUAUUACUGGAAAUUGACUACAUCAAGACGAAGAUCGCUAAAUCGAAACGAACAAAGAGCUAGUAAACUCAUUUUUGGGCUUGAUAAAGAGUCAAAAAAUUUGUAUUUGGAUUAUCUCAAUAAGUAUCAAACAGCACGUGGUAUUAUAGCUCCCAAAUCUUGA